AGAUAGGAUGGAGGAACGUGACGAAGCUCCUGGUGUAUACGUCAGACGCAGCGUUCCACACGGCGGGAGACGGGAGGCUGGGGGAGUCUUCCAGCCGAACGAUGGGACCUGUCACCUCGACUCGACAGGACUGUACUCCGAGAGCGAGCGCUACGACUACCCCUCCGUCGGGCACUUGGCCCAGAUCUUGAGCCAAAAGAACAUCCAACCGAUCUUCGCCGUCACCAGCAACAUCCUGCCGACCUACCAGGCUCUCAGUCAGCUGAUCCCGAAGUCCGUAGUCGGGGAGUUGAAAGCAGAUUCCAGUAACGUCCUGCAGCUGAUCACCGAGGCUUAUAACAACCUGUCAUCCACCAUUAACCUGGAGCACUCAAAGCUGCCGAAGGGAGUGAGCGUGAAGUUUGAGUCUCACUGCGGGGACCAGACCCUGGUACACAGCGGCAGAGGGGAAUGUGUCAACGUUCACAUAAACGAGGAG